AUGCGUCGUCACAGUCUCCAGGAGAAAGCCCGGAUUGCAGCAGAAGCAGAGGGUGUCAUGCGUCAGAUACGUCAGAUUCGGAAUUCCGUUAGAGACUUCGUGGCGGCUCUGAAUAAGAAGGUCGCCGUGCGCGCGCCGACAGAGCGCGAGGAGUUGGAGCAGCAGGAGCGGGGGCAGGUGCUGACGCCACAGUUGGCCGAGGCGUGGGAGGCGUGGGAAGCGCAUGAGUGCUUGCAGCCGUAUGCCUUCGCUGCCUCUUUGCUGCACGAGCUGCAGGAACAGCGCUUAGAGGAGAGGCUUAAGGCGUCCAGGGAGGCUUUCGCGCAGUUUCUUGCGGCACAAGAUACGGAGAGCGCAGGAAAGGACUCUGAGCGGCUGGUGCAGCAGCAGGAAGCUCCGGAGAUCCCAUUCAAGCCUGUAGAUUCAGCACGGCUGCGUUUCACUUUUCUGGGGCACAAGCCUCUCUCUUCCAUACAAAACGAGGGUGCUGAGGAUCUGGAGGUACAGCGACUCGGGAACGAGCAGCAGCAGCAGAAAGAUGGCCAGAGGGAGCAGCUGCAUUUGGUUGCGAUUCUUGAUAGACAGGCACGGCGGCACUCCAAGGAUAUGGCGAAGAUGAAGCGGCAGAUUCAGGAGUUAUUCAGCUGGUCAGACGCUUGCGCCAUGGCAGCCGUUCGUCGCCUGAAAGCCGAGUUGUCCGAAUGUGCGGCUGCUGCGACCGCCUUGCUUUCUGCCGACGCUGCUUUUGCCGCUUCCGCUCGUGCAGCGCUGCUUCAAGUGCUGCAGCUUCUGGGGGAUAGGUCUACAGCACAAGAGGACCUCGAGAAUUCGAGGCACGCCCUAGAGGCGCUCCUGGAGCCGGUUCUUGUUGAGCUGGAGGGGCAGCAGCUUGGGCUGCAGCGGCAGCGAUUGCCGUUGCUCCAACGACUCAAUCAGAGCCGCAGGCGUCUAGCCUUGUUGGUGGAAGCAGCCUCAGGAAUAGCAAAGUCUGUUGACGGGGCAGCGAUGCAAGGGGGGUCGUUCUGUGGAGAGCUCUUGCAGCAGUUGGACCGGCUGCAGGCACCAGACUCGGAGUCGCGGCUGCUGCUGGCGCAUCAGCUGCAUCACGAAAGGCUUCUGGAGGGCAUGCGGGUUAUCGCAGCAAGUCUCCGCUCCUUCCUGACGUUUCACACUGACGCUGCAGAUUUGUCUGAGGGAGAUCAAAUAGUGCAGCCGCCGUGUUCUUCCAGCGAGCAGCUUGAUCGCUUGCUGGCCUCGGCAGGCACGCUGCGUUCUGCGGCUCUAGAACUUGCAGGCGCUAUUCGUUUGUCUGUUGGUCUCUUGAAGAAGGAGGAAGGGUCUUCGGAACCCCCAUUGGUGAUGCACAAGGAGGGGGAUACCAACUCUGAAAGCGUGUCAGCGAUUUCGGCAGAGGGCCUUUUGGAGGCCAUGCAAAAACUGCAACACGAGGCGAAGCAGCAGAUGGAGGCAAUCUUGGAGACACACAAGCGUCUGGACGCCACAGCCGCAGCGCACUAUGCCGCGAGAGGCGCAGCAGCAGCAGCAGCAAAGGCAGCAGACCUGUGGAGUAUCGGCCCUCAAAAGCGGCAGGAUUUUGAUGGAGAGGCAACCUACAGCGGAGAGCAGCUCCAGCUAAGUGCCCAGAGGCCAGAGGCUGGCAACGAGAGCGGUAUCGCUUCCCUUGUAGAUCAAACGGAGGAAGCGAUGGAGCUUGCACCCCCUCAGCAUGCCACGAGUACCUCUUCGGCUACAAAUGAUGCUGAUGCUGCUCCUUGCGUGGGUGCCUCUCCAAACGCAUAUGCUGGUGGGAUCCCUGGAUCUGAUAAUGCCCAGGCUGCGGCCGCUGCCGCAAGUGCGGCCACUGACGGGCUGUUCAUGAGUGCAAGGACGUGUGCAUCCGAGCUGAGGGAUCGACUGGAGAACGCGAUCGACAUCUACAAUAGCGCGAGACACCUGCUAGCCGUUGCAUCUGCGGCUUCCGCCCAGCUUGUCGAAGUGGAUGUGUAUAUUUUCAAGCAAAGGGAGCGGCAGGAGCGCAAGAUGGUGGCUGAGGGCACCAGGGAGCAGCUGAGGCAGGAUAUCAAGAGACAAGCCGCUGGCCUCAUGCGCCUGGCUGCGUUCGGAUUGACAGGCACACGAUAG